GAGCCGCGCCGCGCCGCGCCGUGCCGCGCCGUGCCGCGCAGCCCAGCCGCCCGCUCGCGCUCCAGUCGCCGUGUCUAGCAGCGGGGGCCCAGCAUGGUCAUGGCGGAUGGCCCGAGGCACUUGCAGCGCGGGCCGGUCCGGGUGGGGUUCUACGACAUCGAGGGCACGCUGGGCAAGGGCAACUUCGCCGUGGUGAAGCUGGGGCGGCACCGGAUCACCAAGACGGAGGUGGCGAUUAAAAUAAUAGAUAAAUCUCAACUGGAUGCAGUGAAUCUUGAGAAAAUCUACCGAGAAGUACAAAUAAUGAAAAUGUUAGACCACCCUCACAUAAUCAAACUCUAUCAGGUAAUGGAGACCAAGAGUAUGUUGUACCUUGUGACAGAAUAUGCCAAAAAUGGAGAGAUAUUUGACUAUCUUGCUAAUCAUGGUCGGUUAAAUGAGUCUGAAGCCAGGAGAAAAUUCUGGCAAAUUCUUUCUGCUGUUGAUUAUUGCCACGGCCGGAAGAUUGUGCACCGUGACCUCAAGGCUGAAAAUCUCCUUUUGGAUAACAACAUGAAUAUCAAAAUAGCAGAUUUCGGUUUUGGAAAUUUCUUUAAAAAUGGUGAACUGCUGGCAACGUGGUGUGGCAGCCCCCCUUAUGCAGCCCCAGAAGUGUUUGAAGGGCAGCAGUAUGAAGGACCACAGCUGGACAUUUGGAGCAUGGGAGUGGUUCUUUACGUCCUUGUCUGUGGAGCACUGCCUUUUGAUGGACCCACUCUGCCAAUUUUGAGGCAGAGGGUUUUGGAAGGAAGAUUCCGGAUUCCAUAUUUUAUGUCAGAAGAUUGUGAGCAUCUUAUUAGGAGGAUGUUGGUCCUUGACCCAUCUAAACGGCUAACCAUAGCUCAAAUUAAGGAGCAUAAGUGGAUGCUCAUAGAAGUUCCUAUCCAGAGGCCUAUUCUCUAUCCACAAGAGCAAGAAAACGAGCCAUCCAUCGGGGAAUAUAAUGAACAGGUUCUACGAUUGAUGCACAGCCUUGGGAUAGAUCAGCAGAAGACCAUUGAGUCUCUGCAGAACAAAAGCUAUAACCACUUUGCCGCCAUUUAUUUCUUGUUGGUGGAGCGCCUGAAGUCACACAGGAGCAGUUUUCCUGUGGAGCAGAGACUUGACGGUCGCCAGCGCCGGCCUAGCACCAUCGCUGAACAAACAGUUGCCAAGGCACAAACUGUGGGGCUCCCGGUGGCCAUGCAUUCACCGAAUGUGAGACUGCUGCGGUCUACCCCCCUCCCACAGGCAUCCAAUGUGGAGGCCUUUUCGUUUCCAGCAUCUGGCUGUCAAGCGGAAGCUGCGUUUAUGGAGGAGGAAUGUGUCGACACUCCAAAGGUAAAUGGCUGUCUGCUUGACCCUGUGCCUCCUGUCCUGGUGAGGAAGGGAUGCCAGUCACUGCCCAGCAACAUGAUGGAGACCUCCAUAGAUGAAGGCCUGGAGACUGAAGGAGAGGCCGAGGAAGACCCCAGUCAUGCCUUUGAAGCUUUCCAGGCCACGCGCAGUGGCCAGCGACGGCACACGCUGUCAGAAGUGACCAACCCCCUGGUUGUGAUGCCUGGGCCAGGGAAGCUUUUCUCCAUGAGUGACAACCCCUCCCUUGACAGUGUGGACUCGGAAUAUGACAUGGGGUGUGCUCAGAGAGACCUUAACUUUCUGGAAGACAACCCUUCCCUGAAGGACAUCAUGCUGGCCAAUCAGCCCUCACCCCGUAUGACGUCUCCUUUCGUCAGCCUGCGACCUACCAACCCAGCCAUGCAGGCUCUGAGCUCCCAGAAACGUGAAGCGCACAACAGGUCCCCUGUGAGCUUCAGAGAGGGCCGCAGGGCAUCAGACACCUCCCUCACCCAAGGAAUUGUAGCCUUUAGACAACAUCUUCAGAAUCUGGCAAGAACCAAAGGAAUCCUGGAGUUAAACAAAGUGCAGUUGCUCUAUGAACAAAUGGGAUCUGACGCUGGUCCUAGCCUGGCACCAGCUGCUUCUCAGCUUCAGGACCUUGCAAGUUGCCCUCCGGAGGAAGUUUCUCAGCAGCAGGAAAGUGUCUCCACUCUCCCUGCCGGCGUGCAUCCUCAGCUUUCCCCACGGCAAAGCCUGGAAAGCCAGUAUCUUCAGCAUCGACUCCAGAAGCCCAGUCUUCUGUCAAAGGCCCAGAACACCUGUCAGCUUUAUUGUAAAGAGCCACCACGGAGCCUAGAGCAGCAGCUGCAGGAGCACAGGCUCCAACAGAAGCGGCUUUUCCUGCAGAAGCAGUCUCAGCUGCAGGCGUAUUUUAACCAGAUGCAGAUAGCGGAGAGCUCCUACCCCCAGCCAAGUCAGCAGCCGCCCCUUCCCCACCAGGAGACUCCGGCACCGCCCCAGCAGCCCCCGCCGUUCAGCCUGAGCCAGCCCUUGAGCCCUGUCCUGGAGCCUUCUUCUGAGCAGAUGCAGUACAGCCCUUUUCUCAGCCAGUACCAGGAGAUGCAGCUGCAGCCCCUGCCCUCAGCGCCUGGCCCCCGGGCUCUCCCUCCAUUGCCCACACAGCUGCAGCAGCCGCAGCAGCCUCCACUCCCGCCACCUCCGCCGCCUCCACAGCAGCCAGGAGCUGCCCCAGCUCCCUUACAGUUCUCCUAUCAGACUUGCGAGCUGCCAAGUGCCACUUCCUCGGCGCCAGACUAUCCCACUCCCUGUCAGUAUCCUGUGGACGGAGCCCAGCAGAGUGGCCUCUCAGCCCCAGACUGCCCUAGGAGCUCAGGACUGCAGGACGCCCCCUCCAGCUACGACCCGCUGGCCCUCUCUGACCUACCUGGACUUUUUGAUUGUGAGAUGCUAGAUGCUGUGGAUCCACAACACAAUGGAGUGGCUUGUCCUAUCAGCAGAUGAAUGCGUUUAAAACAAGCAUCUUCCUUAAAGCACAAGAAGACAGAUACUACACACUGAUGCUGCAUCUAGAAACACCUUUCAGUUGCCUUUCCUCUUUGUAGUAAGUGUCCAGGCAGGGAGGGGAGCGUGGGAAAAGUCUGCAGAGCGCCACUGUGGCCCCCAUUGCAGCCCCUGCCAAUGCUGGUGACUCGAGUGGCCUGGUGGCUGGCCAGACACUGCCACGCCUCUCGGGGCUCCCCUGGGGCCAGGCUGCUUCACAAAGGCGUUCUGCUUGGAGUCGGGCUCCGGAUGGCAACAGGAAAGGGUAGCAGGAGAGACUUGUCAGUUUUGUGAUCUCGUAACAAAGAAAAUCCAGAAAGAAUGAAUUGCGUCCCUUUCAUGGGUUGCUCAUUCCUCCUCGUGCUUCAGACUGAUGAUUUCGUGAAAUUCAGACAUCACUUCACUUGAGAGAUCAUCUCAUUGAGAUCUUUAAUCUUUCUAAGUCUUUGCGGAGUAAGCCAGUUAUAAACCAGGCCUUGGUUUGUUUAGACUAAGGAGGCGGCUCUCUGGAAUCGCUGCAGAAGUGCCAUGAUAUUGACGAAAGGAAACCGCCUUCCACACCCCCAGUGGGCUGCUCAGCUCAGGACUGCGGGCACGGCACGGCCACCAUGGUGCCAUCACCUCCUGCCCCAGCAGAGCCCAGGAGACCUAGGCAGUUUGACAGAACAGUUACGCGACGCAGGAGGGGACAUGGAGAGGCUGCCGAAGCUACAGGAUGUGGAGAGCAGCGCGGCCUGUCAGCCACGGCGCGGACCAUCACUGAGCGCCGAGCGCAGCCCCUCCCUGCUGGAAUCCCUCCGUCAGCUCCUGUCGCUCAGUCCAAGCAACAUCACUGAGUUCCAUCGCCACCUGCACUGCCUGCAGAGCGAGGCUUCGUUUCCUACCUAGUGCCCCAGGGAAGGCUUUGGAACACUGACCUGCCCACCAGUCUGUCAGCCAGGGCGGCGUGCGCACGCUGGUGACAGACAGGUGUGUGCUCACACGGCCGGAGAGCCAGCGCCACAGAAAACGCUUUGGCGAGACGAACAGUGAGGUAACAAUUUCAUUCGGCAAAAAGUGCAAUAGGUGUGGUACUGUUUUUAUUCUGAUUGGGGUUUUUUUUGUUUGGGGUGUGUGGGGGGUGUUUUUGUGUUUGUUUUUCAAGUCCAAGGGUAUUCCUCUGUGCUCUGGGGAAAUGCAGUCAUUGAGCAAUUCCCAGCAGGGCGAGCGAGCGCCGGUAUUCACAUGCAACUGAUCUGCGUCCCUGAAAGCCACACGGAGCCCGCCCCGUGCCACCCUGCACAGGGAGGAGCCUGCCGUCUGCGCCAACUCUGCACACCCACCCGAGAGGGAUCCAGGGCCCCCAGGGGGGCUAGAGCUAUGGCUGCAGGACUGUCCGCUGGUCGUGAGCAAGAGCCCCUCUUCUGCUCAGACCUCUUCCUCACAUGCCAGUUCCGCAUGCCAGCGGCAGGGAGAUGGGACUGGAGCCCCUCCACUCAGCCUCCUCCUGACCUGCACCCCACCCUGCCCACCCCAACCAGCAGGGCUCCCCGCUCCCCAUCGCCCAGGUCCUGGUGUCCUUAUCCCUAAGGCAGGGCAAAUUAGAGCCCUCCCACCCCUGGCUCUAGGAACUGAGGAGAAGGGUGUGUUCCCAGAAGAGGAGCACUUGGUGAGGAGCCAGAAACUGCAGGAAAGUGGGAAGCAGCAGCUUCCAGGGGCCCCGGUGUGCGUGUGCGGAGCCGACGCGCCAGCGACCUAAGGCAGGUGAGCCGCGCCUGCGCAGGCCUCGCCACGUCACACAGGCCUGGAGCUGGCUGGCCGCGCUGCCCUCCAUGACAGUAAAAUUCGUACCAACAGUGACGCUUAAUAUCCUCCUGUCUCAAAGAAAAUUCCCACUCCAGAGAACUCCCUCCCAUUCCUCCUCGUUAGAGACAGCCGCAGUGUCAUUGGCCCCAUGAACAGAGCAGGUGUGGAGCCCAUCGCUACCCUUGGCUGCACUCGUUCCCCUACAUUGAGCCCCCUCCUCGUCAGUCACCCCAGCUGCGCAGUCUCCUGGGGCCUAGGUGUCAGAGGUCAAGACUGAAGAACAGGUAGUCACAGGCGGCACAGGCAGGGUCUUUGAGAAUUUGGUUGUUUCUGGAAAUUGUUCUUUGGGAGUUCUUUUGGUUUGGGGGUGUUUUUUGCAGAAGUUAUCUUCCGAGUGACUUGUGGGAUGCAGGAGCAGAAACAUCUGCACAGUACGUACACCUCCACACUCGGUGUCCCGACCUCCCGACAGGCCAGACGGCGCGGCAGCGGCCUUCCAGCGCCCGUUUGGCCCUGGCAGCUCCGCUCCCUGUCACCUGCAGCCUGGCUGACUCUAGACCCCUAGCCAUGCUAGUUGUACCACUAUCUCCUCUCCAUACCUGAUCCGAUUUUAACACAGUUGGCAGCUUCACACACAUACUAUUACACAGACUAGAAACGCAGCUGCCCAGACACUUCACGAGUGAUCGUUUUUCAUGGUUUCUGCCUGGAGAUUUGACUUGUCCACGAAAAGGAGCAGUAGCUUCUAUUCUUACAUUAAGCGCCUUCCCCCCAACCUCUGCUCAUCCUCACACACUUGCCGGGAGGUGCUGUCCUUACCGUUCACGGAGGAAAGCUGGGCUCCGCGGGGAAGGGGCGGUCACUUAGCCCAGGCCCAGCGCUCGCAGCAGGGAAGUCAGGAAAAGCACCGGGUCGACUGGCUUCCCGCUGUAUCUGGCUCCGUACACCUGGCUCUUUCCAUAAGCCAACAGCUGUAUCCACAAAGCCCCCAUUGUGGCCAGGUACUGGGAGAAUGACUGCUGUCCACACAGCUGCACCUUCCAACCAGCAGCUGUGGGGCCUGCAGGGAGGGGCGCCUCAGGUGACAACAGUGGCUGUCCUGGUGGCCUUGCACUCGAGAAGCUGAGGGAGACACAGACCCCACAAAACCACUUGUCUCCCCCCCCCCCCCCC